GCAUCUUAAAAGAGCUAAGCUUUUCUGCAAAUAACUAUCCUCUCUAUGGAUUGCAAUCAGUUGCCAAAACGCCACAGCAAAUUAAAUGUUUCGCUUUCCCCCAGAAAACAAAUCUGUAACCAAUCCAUGUGCACCCGGAACGGAUUGCGAUGACUGUGUCCAACCUGAGUGUGGUCGGUUGCAGGAGGACGAACAGCGCGCUGUGCCUCAGUGCCGUGGAGGGACAUUUGGAGGCGACCUUCUCCAAUCGCAGCCUGAGCCCCACCGGGCACCUGCUCGUUGCGGUGUGCUUGGGCUUCAUCGGCACUUUCGGAUUCGUCAACAAUCUCCUGGUUCUCGUGCUUUUCUGCCGCUACAAGGUGCUGCGGUCCCCCAUCAACUUUCUACUGAUGAAUAUUUCCUUCAGCGAUCUGCUGGUGUGCGUGUUGGGGACGCCGUUCAGCUUCGCGGCGAGCACGCAAGGGCGAUGGCUCAUCGGCGACAGUGGAUGUGUGUGGUAUGGCUUUGCCAACUCAUUAUUAGGCAUUGUGUCCCUCAUCUCCCUGGCUGUGCUAUCAUACGAACGCUACUGCACAAUGAUGGGUCCCACGGAGGCUGAUGCCACCAACUACAGGAAGGUGGUGGGUGGGGUGGUGAUGUCCUGGGUCUACUCUUUAAUCUGGACUCUGCCCCCCCUCUUUGGCUGGAGCCGUUAUGGGCCAGAAGGCCCUGGGACCACCUGCUCUGUAGACUGGACAACCAAAACAGCCAGUAACAUCUCUUACAUCAUUUGUCUCUUUAUUUUCUGCCUCAUUGUCCCCUUUCUAGUCAUUAUCUUCUGCUAUGGUAAGCUGCUUCAUGCAAUUAAACAGGUCAGUGGUGUGAACACACACAUGAGUCGCAAACGAGAGCACCGGGUUCUUCUCAUGGUUAUUACCAUGGUGAUCUUCUAUUUGCUCUGCUGGCUGCCCUAUGGUAUCAUGGCUCUGCUGGCAACAUUUGGAGCCCCAGGACUGGUGACUGUGGAGGCUAGCAUCGUGCCCUCCCUCUUAGCAAAAUCCAGCACUGCCAUAAACCCUGUCAUCUACAUCUUCAUGAAUAAACAGUUCUACAGGUGUUUCAGAGCGCUUCUCCAAUGUGACACACCUCAGCGAGGUUCCAGUCUUAAGAGUUCUUCAAAGGCAACUAAACUGUUUCGGCCUGGAUGGCGCACAGAAAACAACUUUACUUUUGAGGUUGCCUCAGUUGGGCACACAGCGACACCCAACCAGGCUAACCCAGUGGAGGAUGGCCCUCCAUCUACGGAUAAUGCCAAACCAGCAGUGGUAUCCCUUGUGGCUCAUUACAACGGUUGACAGCUAUUCUUUGUCAAAAAUGCCAACACUUGAAGAAACUUUUCACACAUAAUUAGGGAAAUGCAGUAAGACAUUAAGAAGAUUUUACAAAGGUAUGAUAAAAUACUAUAAAAGACACUCUUCUGAGUGUCUUUUCAGUAGCUACUUUUCGAAGAGCAGAGAGCAUUUUUUAAAAGUCCUUUGGAGAAAACAAUGUUUGUAACACUGUUUAACCUGAUUUUUUGUUGUAAGAUGAAUGUUCAAGCUCAAUUAGUACUAAAGUUAUUUGCACAUCACUUGCCACUCCACAAGCAAUUACAAAUUCAUGCUCACAUUGUCACAGUCACAGUCACCAUGUUUCCUAGGACUCUUAUUUUGAAUGGUUUUCAUCCUCUGUCUCCUGUUUUCCCCGGACUACGUUUCCCAGCAUUCACUCCCCUCAUCACUGCCAUCUGUUCCCCAUCAUUGUUCUCGAUUCUGUCAUCAGCCCUCCUGUGUAUAAAUACCCACUAGUUUAGUCCCAUCAUUGUCAAUUCUUGUUCAUUGUUAGUUGUUACACUGUUUAUGUUAACCCCAACGACUGUCUUGUUUUGUAGCUUAAAUCAUCGUCUUCUGUGUAUACUCGUCUUCAUGCUGUUGUCAAUUAAAGUAUCCCUGCACUUUGAUCCCGCUCUCUCGCCUCAUCCCUACAAACGUGACAGAAGAACUGACCCACAAACAAUAUGGAUAUACCUGCUGUUAGGAUUAUCCUCCUCGAGCAAGGGGACCGUCCAGUUGAGGAUCAUGUCCUUGAGUUUUUCCAUCUGGCGAAUUUGGUGCACUAUGAGGACCACUCUCUGCUGGCUUUCUUCAGAGCUGGUCUGAAUAGUGCACUGAAUGAGCUGAUGCCUCCGGCGGAUCCUCACUGGACGCUGGCUGACUACACGGAGGUGGCUCUGCAACUCUGUGGCUCACCCUUCACUGUGGGAAGGGAGGAUGAGGACAACUGCUCCAAGCCUUCCACGGCUCCUUGCUCCAAGCCUUCCACGGCUCUUUGCUCCAAGUCUUCCACAGCCCCUGUCUCCAUGGUAACUCCUCUCCAUACAUUCCCCCUAAAUAAUUUUUUUUUGGAGGGGCUCACCAUCUCCAAGCUCUGGUGGUCGAUUCCCCAAUGCAGUCUGUGGUAGUGGCCACAGAGGUGACAUUUCCCCUGUACGCUGGUGUUUUUGGCGGGAACCCCGGGCCACAACCAGCGCCCAUGCCUGCCACGGUUAAUGAACCAGUGCCCAUGCCUGCCACGGUUAACGAACCAGUGCCCAUGCCUGCCACGGUAAACGAGCCAGUGCCCAUGCCUGCCAUGGUAAACGAGCCAGUGCCCAUGCCUGCCACGGUAAACGAGCCAGUGCCCAUGCCUGCCACGGUAAACGAGCCAGUGCCCAUGCCUGCCACGGUUAACGAACCAGUGCCCAUGCCUGCCACGGUAAACGAGCCAGUGCCCAUGCCUGCCAUGAUUAUCAAGCCCAUGCCCAUGCCUACCACAGUUAACGAGCCAGUGCCCAUGCCUGCCACAGUUAACGAGCCAGUGCCCAUGCCUGCCACAGUUAACGAGCCAUCGCCAAUGCCUGUAGCCUCGACCAUCCCAGAGCCAAUGCUUGUAGCCUCGACCGUCCCAGAGCCAAUGCCUGUAGCCUCGACCGUCCCAGAGCCAAUGCCUGUAGCCUCGACCGUCCCAGAGCCAAUGCCUGUAGCCUUGACUGUCCCAGAGCCAAUGCCUGUAGCCUCGACCGACCCAGAGCCAAUGCCUGUAGCCUCGACCGUUCCCGUAACAACGCUCCCAGCUGUCCGGAAAAGGAGGAGAAGGAAAGGGACACCUUCUUCCCAGUCUCUGCCUGUACUCACAACCACGGAGGUCGUUCCCUAGUCUCUGCCUGUACUCACGACCACGGAGGUCGUUCCCCAGUCUCUGCCCAUACUCCUGAACACGGAAAUCGUUCCCCAGUCACUGCCUGUGCUCAAGGGAAUUGUUUCCCAGUCAUCCAGGGCUCUUAGUCCCGAGCCUCCCACGGCUCCACCUUGCAUAGCUUCGCCCCUCGAGCCUCCCACAGCUCCGCCUCCCAUGGCUUCACCCCUCCAGCCUCCCACAGCUCCGCCUCCCAUGGCUUUGCCCCUCGAGCCUUCCACGGCUCUGCCUCCCAUGGCUUCGCCCCUCGAGCCUCUCACGGCUUCUCCUUCCAUGGCUUCGCCUCUCAAGCCUCUCAUGGCUUCGCCUUCCAAGUCUUCGCCCCUCGAGUCUUCCACGGCUCUGCCCUCUGAAUCUUCCACGACCUCACCAUCUAUCACAGAACUUCCUGAUGGAGUGGUGGUGGCAUAGUGGACUAAAGCACUGAACUGGUAAGCAGAAGGUUGUUGGUACGAUCCCCACAGCCACCACCACUGUGUCCUUGAGCAAGGCACUUAACUCCAGGUUGCUCCAGGGGGAUUGUCCCUGUAAUAAUGGCACAUUAUAAAGCCAGUGCCCAUGCCUACCACGGUUAACGAGCCAGUGCCCAUGCCUGCCACGGUUAAUGAGCCAGCACCAAUGCCUGUAGCCUCGAUCGUCCCAGAGCCUUGUCCAUCCCAGAGCCUUGUCCGCCUUCCAUGGCUUCGCCCCUCAAGCCUCUCAUGGCUCUGCCUUCCAUGGCUUCGCCCUUCGAGCCUCUCCCGGCUCAACCUGCCUUCGUCGAGCCGUCCACGGCUCCGCCCUCAGAGCCUUCCACAGCUCUGCCCUCAGAGUCUUCCACGGCUCUGCCCUCUGACCUCACGACCUCACCAUCUAUCACAGAACCUCCUGAUGGAGUGGUGGUGGCAUAGUGGAAUAAAGCACUGAACUGGUAAGCAGAAGGUUGUUGGUUCGAUCCCCACAGCCACCACCAUUGUGUCCUUGAUUAAGGCGCUUAACUCCAGGUUGCUCCAGGGGGAUUUUCCCUGUAAUAACGGCACUGUAAGUUGCUUUGGAUAAAAGUGUCUGCCAAACGCAUAAAUGUAAAUGUAAACCUCCUGACCCAGUCCCUGCCCUGUGGCUGCCUCCCAGGCCUCCUGACCCAGUCCCUGCCCUGCGGCCACCUCCCAGGCCUCCUGACUCUACCCCUGUCCUAUGGUUACCCCCUGGCCUCCUGGGGCCAGUUGCACCAGCUAUACGUACGUUACAACUUAGCCUAGUUGUGGCGUAAAUAGGCACUAAGUCACAGUUUACGCACUACUAAAUAUUUGAGCGUUGCACCAUUAAACUUAGGUAGAACGUAAACCUACGUAUAAACUAAAUAUUUACGGAAGCCUCUGACCAGGAGUAACUGAUGGAAUAAAAAAGCAGACUGAUAUUUUAUUACAUCAAUGAGCUCGUGUUUUGCGUGAGAAGCUUCAAUGCUUUCGACAUAUAUGAUGAUGUUGACAUUUACACUCCUUUACAUUUACGAGAUAGAAAAAAAAACGUACUUUUAAGCGGCUCUUCAGCAUGAAACCAAUCUAAUGAUGCAGUUUUCAGGAUGCGUCGCCCGGUGUCAAGUUUCAACAUAUACGAAAUAUAUAAGAUAUUAAAAUGAAUAAAAUGUCUAUUUUUCCAGCCUGUUGUAUAAGUAUUUAUCACCCCUUAUUUAUUUUAGAUACAGCUCCUAUUUAUUGUUAUUUACACAGGGCAAAUAUACUAUUUAUCAAAUGUAGCUACUUUUAUUAGGUAUCAUAUUUUAAUUGGGAUUUAUUUUAUUACAUCUGACAGUUACGGGUUACAAGGUUUGAACAUCAACCAUUACGAGCUAAAACUGAAAUGCACGGCUUUUUAAUACUUCUGUGUACAAACUUGAAGGCUGUUUAUUGGAUCAAUACAGGUAAACGUCAUAUUAUGCGACUAUGCAUUACUUUACGGAGAGCUUACAACCUACUAGUUAAGUCUUGCCUUAAGAACAGGUGGUGCAACCAAAUUAAGCACUGACUUAGUUACAAACUAACUAGUAGUUACUAAGAACCUAGUGUGAACUUUACGUCCUAACUUACGUGAGAACUUACGCACAGCUGGUGCAACCCUACCCUGAUCACCCCCAGACUCCUCCAUGGUCUUCUCCUGGAUCCUCCCCAGUCACCUGUUUCCUCCUGCCCUCCUCCACCUUUAAAUGCCAGGAGUCGCCUUGUGGGGGGGGGGGUUAAUGUCACAGUCACAGUCACCAUGUGUCCUAGGACUCUUAUUUUGAAAUGGUUUUCAUCCUCUGUCUCCUGUUUUCCCUGGAUUACGUUUCCCAGCAUUCACUUCCCUCAUCACUGCCAUCUGUUCCCCAUCAUUGUCACCUGUUCCCGAUUCUGUCAUCAGCUCUCCUGUGUAUAAAUACCCACUAGUUCAGUCCCAUCAUUGUCAGUUCUUGUUCGUUGUUAGUUGUUACAGUGUUUAUGUUAACCCCAACGACUGUCUUGUUUUGUAGCUUAAGUCAUCGUCUUCUGUGCAUCCUCGCCUUCUUGCCAUUGUCAAAUAAAGUAUCCCUGCACUUUGAUCCCACUCUCUCACCUCAUCCCUACAAACGUGACACACAUUUGUCUUUGUUAAAAUGUGUUAAAAUUACACGGAGGACCAUUUAAGUUUGAGAUUAAAUAUUUUGUCAUUCUUGUGACAAUUAUCUAAACUACUAUGACACUGUUUAGAUGAAACAGAACAAGAUCAAGAGAAAGAAAAAGAAACCAUUGUGUCGUGUUAUGAGAGUUGUGAUCCUAUAUCUGCAUAAGUAAUCAUUUGAAAAAUAGUUUUUCUUUUGUUCUGGUUUAUUUUCUGUCCUGCUGUUUGCUUUUAUGUUUGGUUUUUGAUUACUUAAGAAAAUCGGAAACAACAUUGUUCGAACAUUAACUUGAAUGUAGCAAUCCCGCACAUCAGCACUUUAUAUUUCAGCAAAUAGACCAUUGGGGUAAUUUUCAUAGCCACGGUCUAUUCCAUUGAUUAUCUGUCCAUUUGAUUUCUGGAGGAAGUUAGAAUAAUAAAUGAAAUGUAAUAGUGUUGAAAAUGGCUUCAGAAUUGUUUACUUUUAAGUUAUUUUUAAUGACUAAUUUUAGAUGUAUGUGCCGGUGAAGAGCCCCGGCUUUAUCGUUGUCAACAUAUUAAAUUAGUUACAAUCUCUAAACACAUUCCUUUUAUUAAAAGGAAUGCACAAAUUUAAUUCUAAAAUGUAAGUAGAUGUUCGAGAUGAGCAGAACUUAAAGUUCAAGGUUCUGUAAUUUUUUUUAGAAUAAGAUGUUCUAAAAAGCUCUUUUAAAUAUUUUAAUAUGCUCCUUUUACUUGUGCAUGACCUGUGUUUUAUUUUCAUUCACUCAGUGAUGCUUCAGUCUUAUUUGCUUUAUGUUUGAAACAAUAAUGCAGUAAUAAAUAUCAGAAUAAUGCACAGAACUCCACAGUAUGUUUACCUUGCUGACAGCAGUAUAUCUACGAACAUAUUAUUGCCUAAAACUAGGCUAAAGAAUAUGAAGAGGACUUGCUUAUUUGGUCUGUACAAAGCAUGUGCAAAUAUUAUGUGACUCAUAUGAGUCAUCUAGAUUCAGACUGUUAAAGAUCAUAAUUAAAAUUUUUACCUGUAAAAUAAUAAAAAUAAUAAAAAAUACAAUUAAAAUAAUGUCAAAUGAACUAAAUAUGUGAAAAAUUGUUCACAAUAUCCAUUUUUUAAAUUUUAAACAUCUUUUGUCCUCACAGGGGUGGAAACUCACUGAUAAGACCAUUCAUGUAUGACGGUUGUAGUAUAGUUGUAAUAUACAAUACAAAAUGUAUUAUUUUAUAAUAUGUACUUCGUAAAGUUUGUGAAAAUCUCAAACAAAGCUGUUGUAUAUUUGGGAUUUCAAACUGUUUAAUAAAAGGUCUUUGAAAGCAGAGUGGCGCAUUUUGGA